AUGUUCCUCAGCUAUUUCCUGAUGUACGCAAGCUUAGGAAAGCUUAUUUGGUUCCCAGCCUUGCCAUAUAACAGCAGCAUACCACGGGCCAGAAGUUUUGUGGUCUCCUUCGUAAAUCACCAGGAUGACCCUAUACCUACUGAAGGUGAUACUGAAAAUGACUCAGAAGUCGGAUCAGGAGCCAAUCAGACUGGAUCGCUCCUACGUGAACAACGAACUAUAUCAGUGCAAACAGCAAGAUACCUCACUAGUCCGUGGCUGACGCGUUUUGUUCCUUCAGUUUACACCUUAGUGCUUGUGCUGAGUCUCCCUCUGAACAUUACAGCGAUACUCGUAUUUCUGAAAAAAAUGAAAAUUGAAAAACCAGCUGUAGUAUACAUGCUGAAUUUGGCCCUUGCGGAUGUCUUGUUUGUAAGCGUGCUUCCUUUUAAGAUCGCUUAUCACUUUUCUGGAAACGACUGGGCUUUUGGACCUCAAAUGUGCCGUUUCAUCACUGCUGCCUUCUACUGUAACAUGUACUGUUCCAUAAUGCUUAUGACGAGCAUAAGCUUUGAUCGCUUCUUAGCAGUGGUGUAUCCCAUGCAGUCUCUUGGAUGGCGUACAUUAACACGUGCCUCACUGAUUUGUUUCGUCAUAUGGCUUGUAGCAAUAACUGGGGUUAUACCUUUUCUCAUCAGAGAGCAAACAAUGGAAAUACCCAAGUUAAAUAUAACUACGUGCCAUGAUGUGCUAAGAGAGUCUGAACUUCAUGGCUAUUACCUCCACUUCUUCUCCAUCUUCUCUUCUGUGUUUUUUGUAGUGCCAUUUAUAAUUUCUACUGUCUGUUACGUGUGUAUCAUUCGAUGUCUUAGUUCUUCUACCAUUGUUGCACAACAAAAUAAGAAGACACGUGCAAUGCUUUUGUGUGUGGCUGUUUUUUCUGUUUUUGUUAUUUGCUUUGGACCAACAAAUGUCCUUCUAUUAAUUCAUUAUAUCCAUUUUUCUUAUGACAACAGCUUAGAGUAUCUCUACUUUGCCUAUCUACUCUGUGUUUGUAUCAGCAGCAUGAGCUGUUGCAUUGACCCCUUUAUUUACUACUAUGCUUCUUCUCAGUAUCAGAGACAACUUUUCAGCCUAUUCCGCUGUAAAAAGACUUUAGAUCCUAACAGUAGUAACAGCAGUGGCCAGUCAAUGUCUACCGGUAGUAGAAGGGCUACGUGCUCUACUAACGUGAAUAACAGUGUCUACAGGAAAUUAUUAGCAAUGCAUUGA